AUAUUAUUGGCUGGACAAACAUACGCCUUUACAGCAAUGCAACACCACUGAGAACGUAACAAAACAAGGCCCAUCAUGCUGACCGCACAGAGGACAUGUGCAGCUCUGGCUGCACGCCAACUUCUAGGAGCUCCCUGCUCCUCACACGGAUUCAUCAACACACGCUCACAGACACACUUCCGACAGUUUCGUACCGCAACGCCCUGUCAGGAUGAAGUGGAUCUGCACCCGGAGUGGGCCAGCCUGGCCAAAAAACAACUGAAAGGGAAGAACCCAGAAGACCUGAUCUGGCGCACGCCGGAGGGCCUCAACAUCAAACCCGUCUACACUAAAGCAGACUCUGCAACGAAGCCAGAUGAACUGCCGGGGGUCUUCCCUUACACUAGGGGGCCCUACCCCACCAUGUACACGUUCAGGCCCUGGACCAUCAGGCAGUAUGCUGGCUUCAGCACCGUGGAGGAGAGCAACAAGUUCUACCGGGACAACAUUAAAGCGGGUCAACAGGGUCUCUCGGUGGCCUUCGACCUCCCGACUCACCGCGGGUAUGACUCCGACAACCCCCGUGUCCACGGUGAUGUCGGAAUGGCGGGGGUCGCCAUAGAUACCGUGGAGGACACCAAGAUGCUGUUCGACGGCAUCCCGCUGGAGAAGAUGUCGGUUUCUAUGACGAUGAACGGAGCGGUGAUCCCGGUGCUGGCCAUGUUCAUCGUGACGGGGGAGGAGCAGGGGGUACCCAAGGAGAAGCUGACAGGAACUAUCCAGAAUGACAUCCUGAAGGAGUUCAUGGUGCGGAACACCUAUAUCUUCCCCCCGGAACCUUCCAUGCACGCCAUCGCUGAUAUCUUCGCCUACACGUCCAAGCACAUGCCCAAGUUCAACUCCAUCUCCAUCAGUGGUUACCAUCUCCAGGAGGCCGGGGCGGACGCCAUCUUGGAGGUGGCCUACACCAUCGCCAACGGCCUGGAGUACUGCCGCACUGGGCUGAAAGCUGGCCUCACUAUAGAUGAGUUUGCCCCCAGGUUGUCAUUCUUCUGGGGUAUCGGUAUGAACUUCUACAUGGAGAUUGCCAAGCUGAGGGCAGGCAGGAGGCUGUGGGCCACGCUCAUUAAGGAGAAGUUCCAACCCAAGCUGCCCAAGUCUCUGCUCCUCAGGACCCACUGUCAGACCUCAGGCUGGUCCCUCACUGAACAGGACCCGUAUAACAACGUGGUGCGUACUGUGAUCGAGGCGAUGGCUGCGGUGUUCGGGGGGACCCAGUCUCUACACACCAACUCUUUUGACGAGGCUUUGGGUCUACCAACGGUGAAGAGCGCCCGCAUCGCACGCAACACACAGAUAAUCAUCCAAGAGGAGUCUGGGAUACCCAAGGUCGCCGACCCCUGGGGCGGGUCACACAUGAUGGAGGCGCUGACCGACGAUGUCUACAACACUGCCCUAAAGUUUAUCAAUGAGAUCGAAGAGAUGGGAGGCAUGGCCAGAGCUGUGGCUGAAGGCAUUCCUAAACUACGCAUCGAGGAGUGUGCUGCUCGCAGACAGGCUCGCAUCGACUCAGGUUCGGAGGUGAUUGUUGGGGUGAAUAAGUACCGUCUAGAGAAAGAGGAGUCAGUUGAUGUGCUGUCUAUCGACAACACCAACGUACGCAACAAACAGAUCGACAAACUCAAGAAGGUGAGGGCGAGUCGUGAUGCUGAGGUGGCGAAGAGGUGUCUGUCGGCCAUAGAGGAGUGUGCUCGUACCAAGGAGGGGAACCUGCUGGGGCUGGCUGUGGAGGCUGCUAGAGCCAGAUGUUCUGUAGGGGAGAUCACGGAUGCCAUGAAGGCUGUGUUUGGGGAACAUAAAGCCAGCACCAGGAUGGUGAGCGGAGCCUACCGCAGCGAGUUCGGAGAGCAUGAGGAGAUCUCCACAACGCACAACCGGGUGGUAGAAUUUAAGAAGCAUGAGGGCAGGAACCCUCGUCUGCUGGUGGCCAAGAUGGGCCAGGACGGCCAUGACAGGGGGGCAAAGGUCAUCGCUACGGGAUUCGCUGACCUGGGAUUUGACGUUGACAUUGGACCGCUCUUCCAGACCCCCCUGGAGGUGGCCCAGCAGGCGGUAGAUGCAGACGUCCACUGUGUUGGGAUCAGCACGCUGGCCGCAGGACACAAGACCCUGGUCCCAGAGCUUAUCAAGGAGCUUCGCAACCUCAACCGCCCUGACAUCCUGGUCAUCUGUGGAGGCGUCAUCCCACCUCAGGACUAUGAGUUCCUGUACCAGAGUGGUGUGUGCUGUAUCUUCGGCCCCGGGACGAGAAUCCCUCAGGCUGCAGUAGAGGUGAUAGACAACAUUGAGAAGAGCCUGGACAAGAUCCGCCAGGCCAUGUAGAUGGGAAGAAGUGAAGAAGUGGCAAACAUAGGCGUGUGAUAUCUGCACAGGAUGAUAGAAUAGCGCAAUGAGGUUGUGACAUGACUAUAUUCAUAAUGACUGUGUGAAUUUUGCCAAAACCACAACCAAUAAUAUACAGUUUAGUCUACAGAUCUGUUAGUCUGUCUUCAUCUGCGUUUCUCAAUCCAAUUCUGGAGGACACCCCUAUUCAUCUAAUCAAGGGCUUGGUGAUUGGUUGUGUACAGUAAGUGCUGGGUUUGAACAAAAUGUGUUCUUUCUGAGCACUCCCCUAUGAAUAGAUUGUGCAACACUGAUAUGGGGCAGCAGGUAGCCUAGUGGUUAGAGCGUUGGACUUGUAACCGAAAGGUUGCAAGAUCGAAUCCCCGAGCUGACAAGGUAGAAAUCUGUCGUUCAGCCCCUGAACAAGGCAGUUAACCCACUGUUCCUAGGCCGUCAUUGAAAAUAAGUUUUUGUUCUUAACUGACUUGCCUAGUUAAAUAAAGGUUUAAAAAAUUACAAUUGAUAUAGGCAGAUGUUUGUGAAAACUGAAAAUAUAAUAGUGUGAAAUCUGCACAGAAUGUGCAGAACAAGGUGGUAGAACAAGGAGAUGUGGAAAUAUUCGUAAUGACUUUUUGAAGUGAUCCAUACUGUAUGUUAUCUAAAGUCACUGAAUCAAUAAAAAUGAUUUGUUUGCUA